CGGCAUCGCGCUUUAAGAUCAUCAUUUUCACCCCAACUUGGACUCUAAAUACUCCAUCUUCUUUGCCCUGCUUAUCUGCCAGAAGGUCUUCCCGUGUAGAGAGCGCAAGGGGUACCACGACCAUGGUUGCAGACGCCCUUGUCUAUCACCCUGCGGUGACCCAUUACCUGCGAUAUGUUGCGACCACAGUCGGUCGUGACAAAGUUCUCCGAACGAUCCAGUACUUCAGCCGAUUCUACGCUUGGUACUUGUAUCGCACCAACAAUCCAACCAGCGCCAUCCAGCCAUGGACAGCGGUCAAGAAUCAAUUCGGGUUGACGAGGAAGAUCCUGCGCGUGGGGAAAUUCGUUGAGCACAUUCGUGCUGGGUCCGAACUAUACGAUGCGGCCAUCAAGUCGGGCAAUGGCGACAAGAUCGUACAAUACCUCCAGAUCCUGAGGCAGAUUGGCUACGCCGGCUACAUGUUCUUCGAUAUGAUGACGCUGUUGGACGCAAUGGGAGUCAAGAAAGAUCCUCGGGCAAAGAGCAUCCAGGCCACGGCAUACCGAUUCUGGUUCACAGGCCUGGUCGCCAGCGCCCUCGCCGGGGUCUACAACACUUACAAGUUGAGGGAGCGUGCUAGGACUGUCGAUGAGAAGGACGCCGAAGCCAAGGUGGAGAAGGUCAAGAUUGCCAGACAACAACACACCGUCAAUAUCCAGCUGAUCUCCGACCUUUGCGACCUUACAGUGCCGAGCACAAUACUCGGAUACGUCAAUCUUGACGACGGUAUCAUUGGUUUGGCGGGUGUGACCAGCAGUUUGCUCGGCAUGUAUGGAGCAUGGCAGAAAACCGCCUGAGGUCCUAUGACGUGAGAGCUAAACAAACCUGUUACAUGGCAUCCAGCUUGUCUACUGCGCAGAUUCCGGAGGAAGUCUGCAGGUGUCUUGGGUGAUGAUUUGGCAAUUCUCGGACAGAUGGAUUGCGGCCUUGCUAAGUGGAGAUUGAGUCCCAAUAUAGACAUUGAUCGAGUUUCCUGCUGCAAAGGUUGGUCAUAGGCAAAGCUGCAAUGAUGUAGUCGAUUCCCAUCAUUACUGCUAUGUUGUCAAAGAGGACCGGUUCGAUCAUGAUCUGCUCGUUCUAGAGUGUUUGUGCUUUCCCUCCCUAGGCCGUGGCACGCAAACUGCGCCGCUCGUUUGCCCCGGUCUCCGGUUGUCGUCAGGACCAUCGAGCGAAACACUGC